AUGUCAGACUCAGAAACAGACACUCAAACAGAAACAGACACUCAAACAGAAACAGAUACUGACUACACACAGACUGACACAGACUCCCAAUGCUCUACGAUAAAAACUCCCUCGCCGAAGAAACGUAAAGAAAAUCACAUUUCUGGAAGUCCUCGAUACGCGAAAGGCGAUAAGUUACAGUGUAUUGAUGGUGACCAGCUUUAUGAGGCAAAGUGCCUCGAUGUCGAUCAUUGCGAAUCAGAAGAUGCGUGGAUGUAUUUGAUUCACUUUUCUGGAUGGAGUAAAAUCUACGACGAAUGGAUUGAUGAUAAUGACCCCCGCCUCGACCAAGAAAGAAUCGAGACUUUUUUCUCGAACCAAAGUGAGCUCAUGAGGAAGCCUUCUCCUGUUCCUUCUGAAAGAAAAAGAAAGGCUCCCAGUAGAACAAACUCACGAAGGAGAGUUAACCCAGCGAAGAAAACUAGAUCCCAAGAAGAGGUGACGAGGAGGAGGACAAAAUCAGAACACGAGACUCCUGCUCCGAGGAAAGCAAAGUCCCAUGAAGAUGUACCUACUAGGAGUCUCACUCCGCUUGAACAAGGACGGCUAGAUAAAGAGAAAGAAAGAGAGCGAUAUCUUGGAAUGUUGGAUCGACAGCUCGCCGAACUCCCGAAACCCAACCGAAAACGAAGGUUUAUGACUGAAAUUCUUCUUUCCCCUCUUUUGGUGCGGACACUGAAGGACGAUGACGAGUUGAUUAACAGGCAGCGGAAAUUGAUUCCACUGCCUCAUAAAAUCACCUGCCGCGAUAUCCUUCGCUCGUACAAGGAAGAAAAGAACCUCGAUGCCGAAGAACUGGAAGGCUAUGAAGACUACUUCAACACAGCCUUAGGAGCCUUUUUGCUCUAUAAAUUCGAGCGACCGCAAUAUGCAGAUUACCUCAAGAGCGUCCGGGAAGAAGAUGAAAGCGGCGAAGAAAUACCAAGAAACGCAGAACAGCCGUGUGAUCUUUUCGGAUAUAAUCAUAUGGUGCGCUCGAUCGUCACCAUCAACGAAAGGUUUAAAGAGCUAGUCGACGAAGUAGAUGAGGAGGAGCUCGAAUUUUACUGCAAGAAAAUUCAACGACUGGCCAAUUACUUGGCUAAAAAUUUUGAAAUUUGGCACAAGAUUGAAGAAAUGCAAAUCAAAGUAAAAACUCUCACUGGAAAAGAAAUCGAAAUCGACAUCGAAGUGUCUGACAAAAUCGAGAGAAUCAAGGAGCGCGUGGAAGAGAAAGAAGGUAUUCCCCCCGCCCAGCAGCGACUUAUUUUUUCCGGAAAGCAGCUGUCAGACGAUAAAAAGGUCUCCGAGUAUAAAAUCAUGGCCGGCUCCGUUCUCCACUUGGUCCUCGCCCUCCGCGGUGGUUUUUGA